GUGCGGUUUGGCUAGACUCUACAGGCUCUUCAACUUGGACAUUAAGCCAUCUCCCAGCCCCAUAGGAUGACGAAUCGGAGCUGCGGGACAUGUCGCGACCGUCGAAUCCUCUGUGAUCGGGCCCUGCCAACCUGUACGCGAUGCUCUCAAUCAAACCGAAUGUGUCAGGGCUAUGGUCUCCGUUUGUCCUGGCCCAAAGCGAGUAAUACGAAGCGCUCAAUGGUGGGGCAGCCUUCGCAUCCCAGGAGCGCAGUCCGUCAAUCAGCGGAAUUUCGGUUAUUGAACACAUCUACCUGGGAUCUCGAGUUACACAGCAGUCUCUUAGAUGUAAAAUCAUCCAAGACCACCCCGCCGACCCUACAUACACCUAAGCUGUUUAGCUCACGCCAGCUGGAUGUUGCAGACGAAACCUUGUUCCAGUACUUCCAAUGCACCGCAUCCCGUUGCAUGACAACAUUCGGUCACGACCCUACGGAUCUGGGCAACCUCCUUUUGCGCAUGGCGCUGGGAGAUUCUCCUUCAGCUGUUGCAGUGCUACGAGGCAUACUCGCACUGUCAUCACUGCAUCGCGACGGGCUGCAGUCGCAAGCAGGGAGACUCAAGAUUUCUGCUCUUCGAGCUCUCGUAGCGGCCCCCAAAGCCGACAUCAGUACGACCGAAGCAGCUCAGCAUGUUGCCGCCGGAAUGCUCCUGUGUUCAUUCGAUAUCCACCAGCUAGCCUGUACUUCAGGUCAAUGGACCAAAUACGUCAUAGGCGCAAAGAGCAUCAUAAAGACCUCCUUAAGCAAGGAUGAACACUGUAGUGAGUUCAGACCGCUGUUAGACUGGGUACACUACCACGACGUGCUAUCACGUUUCAGCAUGUUACACUGGCAUCGGAAAAACUCAGACAUCGAGAUUUUAUCGAACGACAUCGGUGCAGAGCUCUCUCCACUGCCUUCACCCUAUAGCACCACUCUAUGCCUCCUCUUUGAUGUAUGCAACACAGUCUCCGAAAACCUAACCCAGACCACCCGCACCGAAGGCCGUGAUCAACACAAAGCGGCUUUGAGCCGGCUUGCAAUUAGGAUUCGAAAUAUCGUCCUUCCUGAUACUGCGUCCAAAGCAAGUUCCAGCACGACGACAGAUGUGGAGUUAUUUCAAUCAGCUAUGCUAGUGUACUUGAAUCGAUCAUCCGGAGGCCUACUAGAUCCAGCCGACACUGAAGAACGGAUUGGCAAAGCAUUCUCCACACUUUCCCAGUUACGGUCCUGUGAAAGACAAUUCCCUUUAUUUAUCCUCGGAUGUGAAGCACGAACAGACGAUGAGAGAUGUACAGUCCUGGACCUAAUCACUAGGACCGAAAAAUUGGCAUCAUCCCGGUCGUUUUUCCUAGUGCGCAAGAUGAUAGAGGCCAUCUGGGUGCAGGAUGAUCUUUCAAACAAGGGAAUUGAUUAUGCGACAAAACUGAGUGCAAUCAUCAGCUGUUGCACCAUCCUGCCGAGUUUUGUCUAAGAGAUGUAACAAUCUGACGUCCUUUCCCUUGUGGUCAAUUACUUUGAAAAGGGAUGAUGCUCCAAUUUCGCACAAUCGCUCUUACCAUCCACCAAAGCGGCCGUCCCCUGACUGCCCAUCGGCUAUGUCUGCAACCUGGCUCGAUCAAAAUUAGCCGUCAAUUUUAGAACAGCAGUAUUUUUCCAGUCCUUACGGUUGUAUCCGAUGUGUGUCCUAUGCCGAACAAACACCCAAAGCGAACCGUUUGGACUCCUUAAAGGCUUGUCGCUGAUUAUGGAAUUUAUUCCCACUUGUCGUGCCUGAAUUCCUGCAUACAAUGGAACCUUUCGGAGGGCAUUGACAAUGCACUGUCGCUUUUUAUUUUCCAGCUGAGGUUGCGCU